CCUGCCCCUCCAGAAAUUCGGUCAUCGCGUUCAGGCGCGUUCCAUCGUCUUCUACUUACAUUACCGCACAUUGCACCACUGCACCACUGCACCAAGCUGCCGUCGUUGCCCAAUAUCUACACCGAAUUCAACAAUACCACCUUCAACAUGGCUGACAAAGACGUAACAGAGCUCACCCCCGCCGAGGAGGCCGCUGCCCGCGCCAAGGAACAAGCCGAGCAGGAGGCUCUCCCCUACAAGUGGACUCAGACGAUUGGCGACGUCGACAUCACCAUCCUCGUCCCUGGUAACCUAAAGGGCAAAGAUAUGGUGGUUGAGAUAAAGAAGCAGUCUCUUACGGCUGGUAUUAAGGGUCAAGAGCCCGUCAUCAAGGGCGACCUCCCCCACCCGAUCCUCCUCGACGAUUCAACUUGGACGCUGUCCCCCGCUCCCGCCGGUCAAAAAGCCCUGGAGAUCCAUCUCGAAAAGCACAACAAGCUCGAGUGGUGGCCGCACGUAGUCACCAGCGCCCCGAAAAUCGACGUGAGCAAGAUCGUCCCCGAGAACAGCAAGCUGUCGGACCUCGAGGGUGAGACGCGGGCAAUGGUGGAGAAGAUGAUGUACGACCAAAGACAAAAGGAGAUGGGGUUGCCGACGAGCGAUGAGCAGAAGAAGAUGGAUAUCUUGAAGAAGUUCCAGGAGCAGCAUCCGGAGAUGGAUUUUAGUAAUGCGAAAAUUCAGUAGGUGAGCGAAAGGGGGAAAGGGGGAGGGCAAUUGGAGAUACUGAAAGGAUUUGGGGGAGUAGAGAAGUAAAAGGGUGAAGUGAUGCUGGACACUUUCUCUGAACUGUUGUGGUGAUGUUCUGUUCCAGCCGCACACGGACUAUAUUAUUCCUGGAAAAGCCGAACCCAUGACAAAUCACUGCGUACGCUCCAGUAGAUGACCUAGAGAUUACACUUCAUGGAUUUGAAUGAACGAAUGUAGUAUUUCGGGGACCGCUGUUGGUGGUGGUCGGAUAGAUCGCGGGAUGCGGAAGCAUUCAAAGCUGGGAAUUUUCUCACGACAUAAUUAAUAUACACGGACUAACCAAAAC